UAGCGGUGAGUAGUCAACAUUCGUGUCGUAUCUAGGCAAGCAUGGCGGUGCUCUCAUACCUGGUGAGCGUGCUGGUGGCAUGUGUCUCCUACGUCGUGUACCACAAGUAUGCCAACGUCUACAGCAGCUUUGUUGCCAAGCCGGACAAACGAUAUGAUUAUAUUAUAGUGGGUGCGGGAACGGCAGGCUGUGUCCUUGCCUCGCGCCUGUCAGAAAACCCUGAGGUAAAGGUGCUGCUCAUAGAAGCAGGCGACCACAUGGGCUACUUCACGAAGAUACCGCUAACUGCCACGGCGGCGCAGCAGGGACCUAACGACUGGUCUUUUCGGGCUACUUCGCAGAAAUACUCGUCUUUUGGGCUUUGGAAUCAGAGCCCAAUCAUUCCACGAGGCAAAGGUCCUGGUGGAUCUGGUCAGAUAAACUUCCUCCUCCAUGGUUUCGGCUUGCCAGAAGACUACAACCGCUGGUCUCGACUGGGCUUCAAAGGAUGGACGAUGGAUGACCUGAAACCAUACUUCCUAAAAGCUUUUGGGACGGUUAGGAGCGAAUUUGAUUCUGAUAUGUGCCCGCCCAAGGGAUUUUGUGCUAAGGCUCCAAUGAAACUAAAGCUCAUAGAUGAUCACGACGAACUGGUGACGGUAUUCAAGCAAGCGUCCUCAAGCAUCGCGGACAACAAUACGCUGUUCAGGAAGGCUACAGCCAGCGUCAAGGAUGGCAGUAGACACCAGGCGUAUGACGCUUAUCUGAAACCAGUGCUGACUAGGGCGAAUUUACAUGUACUGCUCGGAACACAGGGAAUUUCUAUUCGAUUCGAGAAUAAAAGGGCAUCAUCCCUCUACAUCUUACGAGAUCAUCGGAACCUGGAUAACAUAUUUGUGAACAAAGAAAUAAUCCUGAGCGCGGGUUCCCUCAAAACGCCACAGAUUAUGAUUUUAUCUGGUAUAGGACCCAGAAACUUGAUUAACAGAUUGCGGUUAAAUCUAAUAUCAGCCAACGAGCACGUGGGUCAGAAUCUGCACGAUCAUUUAAACCUGCCCAUCUACGUCAGCAUCAAGCAACCAAUCAGCGUAACCCUCGCCAAAGUCUUCAGCCCAUCUACUUUGUGGGAUUAUUAUCUGCAAAACAGUGGGUAUUUGGCGUUCCCGCCCGUAGCGGGUGUGGAGUACCAUAACUCAUCAGCUCUCAUGUUAUUCUCAAUGGGUUCCACCAGCGAGAGAUUGCUACGAGGGAUUUCAAACUAUAGACCUCAGGUUUUCCGCGAUUUAUUUCCCUUCCUCAACGACACGGUGAAGGAAGGCUUCAUGUUCCUGGCGACCUGCGUCCAGCCCAGGAGUAGAGGCUCUGUCACGUUGAAGGACUCCAGUACCUCGGUACCUAUAGUGGUGGAUCCCAACUACUUGCAUCGGGAGUACGACGUCAAGUGUAUGGUGAAAGCAAUCCGGAGAGCAGAAAAGCUGGUAUCAACAAAACCCUUCCAAUCAAUCGGAGCGCGAAUCCACUGGCCGCGGUCGGAGCGAUGCCUCACGUUCUGGAACUACACCAAACAGGAGCAAACUGGGCUUGUGAAGAGGAGGAAAAAGAUAAAAUCCCCGAGCGAAAAAAAAUUGAAGGAAGUUCCGAAACCGAAGCGAAUAGUCUAUAGCCCUCCAGAUGCGUAUCUGGAGUGUAUGAUAAGGGAGGCUGCUGUGACGGGGCACCACGUGGCUGGCACUUGCGCAGGGGGGAAGGUGGUGGAUGACUACUUGAGAGUGAAGAAUGUAAUAGGAGUGCGCAUUAUGGAUGCCAGCGUAUUUCCAUCGCCAAUUUCUCUAUACCCGAACUCCGUUGUAGUGGCCAUGGCGGAGAAAGCUGCUGACGUGAUCCGACAUACACCGAACUAAUAUCAAUAGCCUAAAGAUUUGUAAAUAAAGUUUUUGUCUUUGAAUUUU